CGCCGAUUCUCUGGUCUGUCCGGGACAGACUGGCGGGCGGGCGGGCGCUGACGCCGCGGGGCCGGAGCGGGCCGUGCGGGAGCGCGCGGACGGAGCAGCGGCGCCGUCGGUCCCCGUCGGGGCUCCGUGGGUCCCCGACUCGUCCCCGGCCGGGCCAUGGCGGGCGCCAGGCCCGGCGUCCACGCGCUGCAGCUGGAGCCGCCCACCGUGGUAGAGACCCUGCGGCGCGGGAGUAAGUUCAUCAAAUGGGACGAGGAGGCUUCCAGUCGGAACCUGGUGACCCUGCGUGUGGACCCCAGUGGCUUCUUCCUGUACUGGACAGGACCCAACAUGGAGGUGGACACCCUGGACAUCAGUUCCAUCAGGGACACGCGGACGGGACGUUAUGCCCGCCUGCCCAAGGACCCCAAGAUCCGAGAGGUGCUGGGCUUUGGAGGCCCUGACACCCGGCUGGAGGAGAAGUUGAUGACAGUGGUGGCCGGGCCAGACCCGGUGAAUACAACAUUCCUGAACUUCAUGGCCGUGCAGGAUGACACAGCCAAGGUCUGGACCGAGGAGCUGUUCAAGCUGGCUAUGAACAUCCUGGCUCAGAACGCCUCCCGGAACACCUUUCUGAGAAAAGCAUACACCAAGCUGAAGCUUCAGGUGAACCAGGAUGGACGGAUCCCAGUGAAGAACAUCCUGAAGAUGUUCUCAGCAGAUAAGAAGCGCGUCGAGACUGCGCUGGAAUCCUGUGGCCUCAAUUUCAACCGGAGUGAGUCCAUCCGGCCCGACGAGUUUUCCUUGGAAAUCUUCGAGCGGUUUCUGAAUAAGCUGUGUCUGCGGCCAGACAUUGACAAGAUCCUGCUGGAGAUAGGCGCCAAGGGCAAGCCAUACCUGACGCUGGAGCAGCUCAUGGACUUCAUCAACCAGAAGCAACGGGACCCGAGGCUCAACGAAGUGCUGUACCCACCCCUGCGGCCCUCCCAGGCCCGGCUGCUCAUUGAGAAGUAUGAGCCCAACCAGCAGUUCCUGGAACGAGACCAGAUGUCCAUGGAGGGCUUCAGCCGCUACCUGGGGGGAGAGGAGAAUGGAAUCCUGCCCUUGGAGGCCCUGGAUCUGAGCGCAGACAUGACCCAGCCGCUAAGCUCCUACUUCAUCAACUCCUCACACAACACCUAUCUCACAGCGGGGCAGCUGGCUGGGACGUCGUCGGUGGAGAUGUACCGGCAGGCACUGCUCUGGGGCUGCCGCUGCGUGGAGCUGGACGUGUGGAAAGGGCGGCCCCCGGAGGAGGAGCCCUUUAUCACCCACGGCUUCACCAUGACCACCGAGGUGCCGCUGCGAGACGUGCUCGAGGCCAUUGCGGAAACCGCCUUCAAGACCUCGCCCUACCCUGUCAUCCUCUCCUUCGAGAACCACGUGGACUCGGCAAAGCAGCAGGCCAAGAUGGCCGAGUACUGUCGUUCGAUUUUCGGGGACGCGCUGCUCAUCGACCCACUGGACAAGUACCCGCUGGCCCCAGGCGUCCCCCUGCCCAGCCCCCAGGACCUGAUGGGCCGCAUCCUGGUGAAGAACAAGAAGCGACACCAGCCCAGCACUGGUGUCCCCAACAGCUCCAUUCGCAAGCGGCCGCUGGAGCAGAGCAACUCGGCCCUGAGCGAGAGCUCUGCCGCCACCGAGCCCUCCUCACCUCAGCUCGGGUCCCCCAGCUCUGACAGCUGCCUGGGCCUGAGCAAUGGGGAAGAGCUGGGCCUUGAGAAGCCCAGCCUGGAGCCUCGGAAGUCUCUGGGCGAGGAGGGGCUACAGCGGGGCCCUGAUGCUCUUGGAUCUGCCGACCGUGAGGAUGAGGAGGAAGACGAGGAAGAGGAGGAACAGGCAGAUCCCAAAAAGCCGACCUCAGAUGAGGGCACUGCCAGCAGUGAAGUCAAUGCCACUGAGGAGAUGUCAACACUCGUCAACUACAUCGAGCCUGUCAAGUUCAAGUCCUUUGAGGCUGCUCGAAAGAGGAACAAAUGCUUCGAGAUGUCAUCCUUCGUGGAAACCAAGGCCAUGGAGCAACUGACCAAGAGCCCCAUGGAGUUUGUGGAAUACAAUAAACAACAGCUCAGCCGCAUCUACCCCAAGGGCACCCGCGUGGACUCCUCCAACUACAUGCCCCAGCUCUUCUGGAACGUGGGCUGCCAGCUUGUGGCCCUCAACUUUCAGACCCUGGAUGUGGCGAUGCAGCUCAACGCGGGUGUGUUUGAGUACAACGGGCGCAGCGGCUACCUGCUCAAGCCCGAGUUCAUGCGGCGGCCGGACAAGUCCUUCGACCCCUUCACCGAAGUCAUCGUGGACGGCAUCGUGGCCAAUGCCUUGCGGGUCAAGGUGAUCUCGGGGCAGUUCCUGUCCGACAGGAAGGUGGGCAUCUACGUGGAGGUGGACAUGUUUGGCCUCCCCGUUGACACACGGCGCAAGUACCGCACUCGGACGUCUCAGGGGAACUCGUUCAAUCCUGUGUGGGAUGAGGAACCCUUUGACUUCCCCAAGGUGGUGCUCCCCACGCUGGCUUCGCUGCGCAUCGCGGCCUUUGAGGAAGGCGGCAAGUUUGUGGGGCAUCGGAUUCUGCCCGUCUCUGCCAUCCGUUCAGGGUACCACUACAUUUGCCUGCGGAAUGAGGCCAACCAGCCGCUCUGCCUGCCAGCCCUGCUUAUAUACACCGAAGCCUCCGACUAUAUUCCUGAUGACCACCAGGACUAUGCAGAGGCCCUGAUCAACCCCAUCAAGCAUGUCAGCCUGAUGGACCAGAGGGCCAAGCAGUUGGCUGCCCUCAUUGGGGAGAGCGAGGCUCAGGUUGGCCCAGAAACCUGCCAGGAGACUCCAUCUCAGCAGCCGGUGACCCCGAACCCCACACCCAGCACACUGGACAUCUCCCCGCGCCGGCCCCCGGGCCCCGCCACGUCCCCUACCAGCCCCUCCCUCAGCAGCCCAGGGCAGCGCGACGACCUCAUCGCCAGCCUCCUCUCAGAGGUGGCCCCGGCCCCGCUGGACGAGCUCCGAGGCCACAAGGCUCUGGUGAAACUCCGGAGCCGGCAAGAGCGAGAGCUUCGGGAGCUGCGCAAGAAGCAUCAGCGGAAGGCGGUUGCCCUCACUCGCCGAUUGCUCGACGGCUUGGCCCAGGCCCGGGCUGAGCGCAGGUGCCGGCAGCGGCCGGGUGUCCUACACCGCCCUCCCAGCCCGAGUCCCUGUGACAACCUGAGUGUCACCCAGAGGGGUUCUUCCUGCAGAGGCGGGGAGGACGAGAAGGCGGAGGAGGAAGAGGUGAAGCGGUAUCGAGAGUUCCAGAAGAGACAGGUGCAGAGUCUGCUGGAGCUGCGGGAGGCCCAGGCGGAUACAGAGGCCGAGCGGAGGCUGGAGCAUCUGCGACAGGCUCAGCAGCGGCUCAGGGAGAUCGUCCUGGAUGCUCACGCGACCCAGUUCAAGCGGCUGAAGGAGACGAACGAGAGGGAGAAGAAGGAGCUGCAGAAGAUUCUGGACAGGAAGCGCCACAACAGUAUCUCAGAAGCCAAGACAAGGGAGAAACAUAAGAAGGAGGCGGAACUGACAGAGAUUAACCGUCGGCACAUCACCGAGUCCGUCAACUCCAUCCGUCGGCUGGAGGAGGCCCAGAAGCAGCGGCACGAACGCCUUGUGGCCGGGCAGCAGCAGGUGCUAAAGCAGCUGGCCGAAGAAGAGCCCAAGCUGCUGGCCCAACUGGCCCAGGAGCGUCAGGAACAGCGGGCAAGGCUGCCCCAGGAGGCCUGCCGGAGCCUGCUGGGCGAGACGCCGGAGGGGCUGGGGGACGGGCAUCUGGUGGCCUGUGCCAGCAAUGGUCACGCGCCUGGGAGCGGCGGGCACCUGUCUGGCGCCGACUCAGAGAGCCAAGAGGAGAAUACGAAGCUCUGAACUGGCUAGGCGAGAGAUGAGGAAACUGAGGCCCAGAGCAGAAGUCCCGUGUGCCAGGCCACAGCUAAGUCAAGAUGUCCUGACCUGGAGGCAGGGCGGGCCUGGACCUUCUAUGGCAGACUGUCUUCCGGCCAGGUUGGAGGACCUGCUCCAUGCUGCUCUCUCCUGCCUCUGGACAGCGUGGAGUGGCAGAGACCCCGCAGCGAGGGUGCGGCUAGGUUCUGCUGCAGGGUCAGGCUGGCACUUCUUCAAGGCCUCUCCCGGCUUCCUGGCUUCCUGGGCCGACUGCCUCCCUCCUCCAGAGGAAGGCAGCCUCUUAUCUGGGCUUAUCUCCUGCCAAUUGAGUGUUUUCUUUCUUUGUUUUUGCUGCAGCCUCAGGCAAACAGGGUGGGGAGGCCAGAGAGAAAAGGCUGCCAGAGCAAGGCCCUUCCCAGGGCUGGGGGCCUCUCCCCUUUGCCCUGCUCCCUCAGGGUUAAUACCGUUAUUGUCCAGGCCUUCCCGGCUUCUGGGGUCAGGCCUUGUCCUGUCCCCAGACUGGCCUACCGUAUUCCAUGACCAAGUCCUAUCUUCCCGAUUUGGCUCACCACUACCUUACAGAAGAAACACUCCAUGUUAGUCCCCGGAUCCUCAAAGGCCAGGCUAAACUCCAAACUCCUGGGUAUGACAUUCCAGACCUCCAGAAUCCUGGCCUCUGCUGCUCCCCCAUAUCCUUUCAUGGGUCCACUCUUUUCUCUGCUGGGAAUGACAGCUUCCUUCCCCAUCUCUCUUUUUAAGUAAGUCCCAUCUCUAACUCACCUCUGCCCUGGCCCUCACCCCGGUACCAGUCCCUGUUAGCAGCACUCAGCUGGCGGUAACUCCACUCUGAGAGGCUGGCUCACCUCUGCCAGGAAGCUUCUGACGGCGGGGCGGUUGUGGCCUAAUUCAUCUUUGUAUACUCAUUACAAAGCGCUGGCUGGUCUAUAGGGGGCGCCAAUAAAUCUUUCUGGAAUUGA